AUGGAGUCCAGCUCUUUGGCGGGCGGUGUGCUGCACUCGUUGUCGGCCCGGAAGUGUCACAGCGCUUUGGACGCGGCAAGAACAUUGUUGAGACAUGGUGAAGCGGUAAACGCGGAAUACAAUGGGACGACUCCACUUCACAUCGCGGCUCAAAACGACAACCUCGAGAUGGCUCAAAUGCUACUUCAUUUUGGCGCCGAUCCCACUCUAUUGGACAAAUUUGGAAGAACGUCCCUUGAUGUUGCUACUGGGAAAACAAAAGAAUUUCUACUUCGCAUGCUUGCUUUGCCACAAAAGAAACGAAAAGGGAUUCUCUACCGUAUUUUCAUCUGUCACACUCGCUCACUGUUUAGCGGGUUGAUGAAAAAGGCAAGGAAAAAUAUUAGAAGAAUUACUUCAGCGACUCAUCUUCGUCCUACUUCAAUCUCCGAUCCUCCGUUACCAAAGGAUAGACAUGAUCCUCAUCCGCCUACAAUGAUAUUUGAGGAUGAUCCAUUACCGCUGGAGAAGUUUGUACUACCUGGGACACCCUUGACAAGUCGAACUCCACCGGUGCCCAGCUCGGAUUGUGUGACGACGAAAAGGGGAGGAAGACCCAGAGCACGAGUUAUUCCAGCGAGUGCAACGAAUCAAAUUUCCGCUAAGCGAGUGCGAGCACAUUCGGUGGACGACAAUUUACUGGAAAUGAACAAAGCUUUGAGUCACAAGGCGUCAAAGAGUUCACGCACGCCCCGCCAAGUUCAAACGCCAAACAACAAUCAUCAAGUCCAAAAAGUUCACUUCAAAACUCCACGCACUACCAAACCACAGGGUGGCCUUACUUGGACUCCAUCAAGAAACGUGAACACAACCCCUAGAGCACUUAAGUUACCAACUCCAAAAGCGAAACCAUCAGCUCCACCAAUGGAGCCUGUAAAUGUUUCUUCUGACGCCUAUUUUACAGCUGACGAUAGUAUACUUGAUGAACUGGAAGCAAGAAUUAGACAGAUCAAAAUAAAUGACCCGGCAGCCGCUCGAAUCACCAAACUUACAGACCAUCAACUAAGAGCUCAACUUGCCAUUGCUGGGAUUUCCGCUGGGCCAAUAACACCUGAGACUCGCAAGGGAUAUGAGAAGAAGCUAAUUCUAUCACACGGGCAUACGACGGUGAAUUCUAAAUAUAGCGGCCCACUUCAAUUUGCGUUGGAUGGAAAGCCUUCUGAAGAUGGAGAUAAAUUGGAUCACAUUUUACGACGCGAGCUCGACGAUGGGGCUCGACAAUUUAACUAUAUCCUCUUGGAUCCAAGAGCAGUUGACGAUAAAGAAGUCACUUUGGAUUCUUUUAUCGCUGCGAUAUUUUACGUAGGGAAGGGUACUGGAGAACGACCGUUGUCUCAUCUUAUCGACGCGAAGGUUGCUCGAGAAGCGAAGACUCGUCCAGGCGAGAAAAAGAAAAUUCACAGCGAUAAAAUCGAACGGAUCAAUCUAAUUUGGAGUUCUGGCGUUGGCGUAAUUCAGCUCGAGAUAGGAAAAGGUGUCGGUGAUCGAUUGGCUCUGACGCGAGAAGGAUGUAUGAUGUUGGCAAUCGGAUCCAACAACUUGACGAAUAAACGAGGAGGAGAAUUUCACGGAGCAGCUCGUACGUGGGACAAUCGAAAGCGCGCCAUUUACGGAACCUAUCUCAUUCUCAGGGCACAUAAAGUCUUUAAUGCAGAUCGUCCUCAACAAAUCAUGCCCCGAAAUGUGCCCGAUCAACUUUUUGGAGCAGCGAAGAAGAAA